GCUUGUGAGAAGCACAACCUGCCCCCAGCGCUGACCGCGAACAUUGAUCGGUGCCAUUACAACAUUCCAACGCCAGUGCAGAAGCACAGCAUCCCGGCCGUCCUGUCGGGCAGUGACGUGCUGGUCACGGCACAGACAGGGAGCGGCAAGACCGCCGCUUUCUUGGUGCCCAUCAUCACCGCGGCAUUGAAUGCCGGCAGGAAGCCGAUGAAGGAGGGUGCCGUGUGCCCCACCAGCGUGGUGCUGUCCCCCACGCGUGAGCUCUGCCAGCAGAUCACAGUGGAAGCCGAGAGGCUGACUUUCCGGUCUGGUGCCCGUGUCUGCGCAAUCUACGGAGGCGCUGAUGCCAUCCCGCAGUUGCGGACCAUCGCAGGAGGCGUGGAGAUCGUCGUGUGCACCCCUGGCCGCCUGGAGGACUUUCUCCAGCGGGGCGUGAUCUCGAUGGAGGAAGUCAAGUUCCUGGCCUUGGAUGAAGCCGACCGCAUGCUGGAUAUGGGCUUCGAGCCCCAGAUCCGUGAGAUCAUCGAGAAUCACGGCAUGCCCAAAGCUGGCCAGGGCCGUCAGACAAUGAUGUUCUCUGCCACCUUCCCCAGGGAGAUCCAGGAGCUGGCAUUGGACUUCCUCGAUCGCAGCUACUACUCUAUCUCCGUAGGCCGUGUUGGAGCCACUGCUGCCAAUGUCGAGCAGCGCUUUGAGAACAUUGGCUGGGGUGACAAGUUCGAGCAGCUGCUGGAGUCUUUGAAGGAGGUGAAAUCAGCGGAUGGUGGCCCUGCCAAGACCAUCGUCUUCGCCAACUCGAAGAGAGAGGUGGACGACAUCUCCUACCGCCUUCAGGACGAGCGUAUCCGCUGCACCAGCAUGCACGGAGGUGUCAACCAGUCCAUGCGCGAUCGUUCGCUCAAUGCACUGCGGACGGGCCGUGCACAUGUCUUGGUUGCAACAGACGUCGCAGCCCGGGGUUUGGACCUGCCUGGCAUCGACCACGUGAUCAACUACGACCUGCCAUCGAAUGGUGAAGACUACGUCCACCGGGUCGGGCGAACGGGCCGCAUCGGCAACAAGGGCGUUGCCACCUCCUUCGUCGGUUCCAAGGAGCCGGCGCUGAAGGACAUCGUCCGAUCUCUGAAAGACGCCAAGAAGGAGGACGACACGGCAUCGGAGGUUCCCAGGUGGCUCGAGGAGAUGGCCUUUGCAUCCCGGGGCGGUUCUCGGUCCUCCUCGCGGGGAGGCUAUGGUGGCUACCGAAACAACGGCUACCGCAACGGUGGUGGCGGCGGCGGUGGCUACGGCGGAUACAGGGACGGUGGCUACCGCAAUGGUCAAGGAGGCUUCCGAAGCCGCAGCGCCAGCCCGGGCUACCGCUCCGGUGGACGAGGAAGCUACGGUGGCUACGACGACCGCAGCAGUGGCUAUGGUGACCGCAGUGGCGGUUAUGGUGACCGCAGCAGCAGCCGGUCGCGAAGGGAGUACGACUUGGAUGACGAGCCUUGCCGCGAAAAAUGGGUCCAGGGAUCAUCAACUCUGCAGAAGGUUCCCUUGAACAUGGCUCUCCUGGAGGGCUG